AGCAGCGAUCUCGGGGGGUCAGCGCCGGUCCCGGGAUCCCGCUCUGAGCCGAGCCGGGCUGGAGGCGCUGAGAGCCGCGCCGAGCUGAACCGAACCGGGCCGAGCAGAAGCGGGCAGGAGGUAUGAAAGCAGCGGAGAGGGGUUGAGCCGGGACAGGGAAGGAUCGCGGAGCCCGGUGCCCCUGGGGAUCCCAGAGGCCGCGCUGAGGAGCGUUUGCCGGCUCUGCUGUCGCCUUGAAGGCCAGGCCAAGGUAGAGCUGCCCAGGAUGAAGGUCCUCUUCCUGCUCCUUCUCUCCCUCCUCCAAGGGCUGGCAGCCUGUGGCCUCAGGGAGGAGGAUUUUCGCUUCUGUGGGGACCGGAACCAGACCCAGGAGAGCUCUGCCAUCUUCCAGCACGGCCCUGCCGCCAUCUCCAUCGAGAACACGGCCCAGGCUCUGAUCAUUAAAAAGCCCUUUUUGCCAAGCAGGAGGGACUCUUACUACAAGUACAGGCUGCCCCCCACCUUGGGCAGGUACCGCUUCUGCAUCUUCUGGUUUGAGUCCAACAGGAGCCUGCAGCUGGUCUAUGGGAAGCAGAGCAUCCCCCUGGGUGGGGACACAGCCAGCAGCAUCCCCUGGGGACAGGAGAGUCAGAAGACUGAAAGAACCAAAGCCGACAUCUUCAAUGUGUCCUAUAUCAUAAAGGGUGGGAAGAACACCUCCCUGGAUGCUAAAGAUGAAUACUUCUUCAAUGCCUCUGCAUUGAGCAUGCCCAUGUGGGAGCAGGACGUGGAGCAGCAGCUCAGUGCCCUGGACAGCCUCAUGGCCCAGCCCCUGGCAGCAGCCCCGGGGCGCAGGGAACAGCAGAGGCUCCGGCGCAGCACACUCAGGGAGCUGGAGAGGAUGCUGGCCAAGGUGGAGCUGGAAGGGCAGAACCAGACCUUUGGGGAGGCCACUGUGCAGGCCACCGUGCUGAGGGUGCAGCCCAGCCGGGCUCCCCAGCCCCUCACCUUCGCUUCCCUGAGAGAGGAGAGUGGAGAGGUCCAGGGAUUCACAGUGGACCUGCCAAGCAGCCUGUUCAUGGUGGUGAAGGACAGGGAGGAGGUGGCGGAGCACAGGGUGCUCGUCAUGGACAUCAACAGGCAGACCAUGUUCCAGGAUGAGAACAGCAGCCACGUGCUGGGUGACAAGGUGGUCAGCAUCUCCCUGGUGGACACGGUGGUGGCCAACCUCUCUGAGCCAGUGGUGCUCACCUUCUUCCACGACCAGCUCCCGAGGAACGUGACCCCCCUGUGCGUGUUCUGGCAGGAGGACGCCUCCGGCAGUUCUGGGAGCUGGGACAGCUCUGGGUGCACCACGGUGACAGGGAGCAGCCAGACACAGUGCAGGUGCAACCACCUCACCUACUUUGCUGUGCUCAUGGUUUCCUCUCCAGACAUCACCUCAGUGCACAGGAAUUACCUGAGUAUCAUAAGCUACGUUGGCUGCCUGAUCUCAGCUUUGGCUUCCAUUUGCACCAUUUUCUUCCUCUACUUCAGGAGCAAACAGCGGGACCAGAUCACGAGCAUGCACAUCCACAUGAACCUGCUGGCUGCCAUCUUCCUCCUGGACAUCACCUUCCUCCUCUCAGAGCACCUGGCUGCCAGCAGCAGCGAGGCCAUCUGCACAGCUGGGGGGCUGUUCCUGCACUUCUCUCUGCUGAGCUGCCUCACCUGGAUGGGCAUCGAGGGCUACAACCUCUACAGGCUUGUGAUCGAAGUCUUCAACGCCUACCACGACCAUUUCCUGCUCAAGCUCUGCCUGGUUGGCUGGGGGCUCCCCAUCUUCUGUGUGGUGACAAUCCUCCUGGCCAGCUGGACCAACUACGGCCCCGUCUCCAUUCCCAUCUACGAAUCCAUUGAUGGCAGAACCAUCAAUGCAACCAUCUGCUGGAUCACGAGCCCCCUGGUCCAUAACUCGGUGAACCUGGGUUUCUUCACUCUGGUGUUCCUCUUUAACUCGGUCAUGCUGGGGGCCAUGGUGCGCGAGAUCCUCCGGCAGAACAAGAAGGGUCACAAGCUCAAGCACGUCCUGGCCCUCCUCGGGCUGAGCAUCCUGCUGGGCAUCCCCUGGGCACUCAUCUUCUUCUCCUUCACCUCUGGCAUGUUCUGCCUUGUCUCUCUCUACAUCUUCACCAUCAUCAACUCCCUCCAAGGUUUCCUCAUCUUCCUCUGGUACUGGACCAUGGUGCUGCAGGCGAGGAAGGGCCCUGACUCCCAGAGCAGCUCUGACAGUGCCAAGCUGCAGCCCAGCAGCAGCUGAGCCCCGUGGUGCCCGUGCUGUGCCAGAGCUGCCCAUGCCAAGCAUGGCCACAAGAAGGACCACACCAUCUGCUUUGCUACUGCACCUGCCCUGUAGUGCCACAGGGAGCCCAGGGACCCACAGUGGGGCCAGCCACCCCCCCUCUGCUGGCCCCCUCCCCAGUUUUCUCAUCCUGGCAGGCUUGGCAUCCUUGGGGCAGGAGGGAGGGAGGGAGGGAUGCUUACUUGGGCAGUGGGGGCUGUAAAAAGUGGAAGGGGCAGGGACAGGGUCCCCAGUGCCUUUGGAUGUCCCCUCCCACGUGCUGAGGCCAGGAGGGAUGGGUGGGAAAGGCCCAGUUUUCAACCCUUGCUGAUGGUCACCAUGAGGGUCCUUCCCCAGGGAAGACAGAACGAUUCUGCCCCUGCCACACUCUCAGGCAGCUGAAAUAAUCUAUUUUUUUUAUUUUAAUGUUUAAUGUCUAUUUGUGGUGAUGUAGGAGCUUAGUGAGCAUGCCUGCACACCACAUCUG